CUAAAAUAAUAGAUGAAAUCUAAUUUCCUAAUCAUAGCCUUUGUACAUCUUUUCAAGGUGGAACAAUGGGAUUGUGACUGUACUGCUGAACAUUGAACACCGCCCUUGAAACCAUAGACAUUGUGCACCACAGAGUCCACGAAAACAGAGUAUAUAGAACUACCUAGCUACCAACAUACACACUCUUUCCACUCAGCCGUCUGCGACGACUUACUGCAACGCCAUCCUCAACCACCCCAAUCCGCAUUCCAUCAAUCCACCCACACCAUACAUAGCAGGAACUAUGGCCUCCCCACAACCCAGAUCCCCAAUCCACAUCGCACGCCCUUCCAGCAUGCCAGAACAUCUACCCUCCAGUCCCAGGGGCCGAUCUGCAGCCAGAACCCCCGAACUGCACCGCAGCAACACCAGCCAACAUGGGCUGCGGAGGUGGAUGACACGUUUCCUCGACGUUGAAGGGGAAACAUAUUCAUUCGCGUUCGGACGAGCCGUCGAAGGCGAAUCAUAUUCACUCGCGUUCGGACGAGCCAUCGAGGACGACCUCGCCUAUCUGAUGGCCGAUUCGGAACGGCCUUCGAUGGUCUGCGAAGGCGCGAAGGUGAGGUUUCCAGAUGAUUGCGUGGAGAAUACACGGGGCGUGCAUGCAGAGGACGAUGUGUAUAGUGCUGCCCCGAAGUCUCAUGAGCGCGGUGGUAGGGAAUGCAGGAACUUCGAUGCUGAGAAGGAGUGCGGGGAUGGGUUUGGGAGUGCGACUGUGGUUAGGAUGCGUGCUGAGGGUGUCGCGGAACAGUUUAAGAGGUUGAGGAGUCGGUCGCUGGAGUCGGAUUCUGAGAAUCUGUCGGACGACUGGGUCGUUGGUGGUUGGGAUAGUGGUGCGAAUGUUGGCGAGCGAUCAGUGGAGUCCGGCUAUGGGGUGGUUGAAGCUGAUAAUGAUGAUCUGGAUCUCGAGUUCAUCGCACUCUAUCGAGACGACGAAGAUGGUGAGUCCACGGUUCCUGAGUAUGAUGAUGUUUACCUUGAAGCCGUGGCUGCCGAGUUGCUGCGUGACGACACCGUGAGCAGAGCUUCAUCGUCCCUGUCAGGGAGUCAAUCAUUUGAUGUAAGUGGAUUCUAUGGUUCAGAUUGUGAGCCGUUAAUUGUUAAACCGUUGGAUGGCGAAUGUGAGGGGUGCGAGACUGCGUCAGCAUCAUCAUCACAAUCAGACAAUCAAUCGGUGGUUGGGAGUCUGUUCUGCGGUUCGGACUACGGAGAAUCUCACAGCAUUGGGGGAAAUGGAUCUAAUCAUGGGUAUAAGAACAACAGGAAGGCCAGGGUCCUAAUGGAAAUUCCAGUUCCAAUCGAUCUAGCACACAGGCUCGACGAUCAGAACGAUACAGCCGCUUUCGAAAAUCUACUCGUCUCACUCCAACAGAAGAGUCGAGGAGACGUAGGACUCCGUAUCAUGACUGAUGACCGCUGCCCGGCAGCAAAUCCAUCGACUGAUAGUCUCGAGGGUACAUCCACGGUUGAUUUCUUCCUGAAAGACGAUUUUAUUCCUACAACGGUGUUGAAUAAUGACGAUACGUUUUUAGGUCCUGUUCAAGGUGGCGAGUCGCAUCAAUUGCGGCCUUUUAUUGUUUUCGACCGAGACUCGCAAUCCGAGUUCGAGUACACGGCACUGAGAGAAGCCUUGCGUGCGGAUUCUCUCACAUAUGAGGGGCUUUGCACUGAUACAGAAAGAGUGGAGAUGUCUGCAUUCGAAUCUUGGGCAUCCAGUGUGGAUCUGAACGAGCUUUCCUGGUUAGAUUUGAGCGAUGAUGAAGAUGUGAUAGACAGAGUUCCCGCGGAGCUUCCUUGGGCCAGGAUGGGAGACGUUCAGCAAGAAGAUGUUGAUCUUAGUGAGUUUCAUUCGAAGGACGUAAUCGAGAUGAUCGAGGUGAUCGGCACCAAGACCAGCAAUUCAUCACGACGUGCUCAUGGGAAAUACAAUGUCCAUCCAGCUGGGGAACGAUACACGAACAGGAAUGACCACGAAAUCCCUAGAUGGGACGGCCACAGUAGAUUCGUGCUUUCUCCUGGGUUCUACGAGCGAUGGAAACUUGCGAGGAUUCGAGGAAAUCGAAAUAACGUGGAUGCUGUAUGGCGUGAAUAA